AAUGUAAGGCUAUAAUUUUGACAUAAUCUUUAAAUUUGUAAAACCUUUUCGGCACAAAAAUUUUCAAAAUUGUGAAAUAGACAUUUGUUCAAUAAAUCAACAACUAUGUGUACUUGUUCUCCUGACAAUAAUAAUACGGAAGAAUAUCAUACUGCACUUUCCGAGUUUGAGAUAUCAAGUCCGGAAGAUCGGCGUACGUCAACACGAUAUUAUGAAGAAGAGUUUGCUCCACCAUAUUUCUCGACUCCAAUCUCGCCUCAAAUCUCGACUCCGAGAAGAAUACAAAGUUAUCAACGUGUGCCUCGAACCCGUGUAAGAAGUGUCUCACGUAGAGAUCUGACAACUGGAGUAGCCAUUGUUCCGCGACGAAUUGAUUUUGAUGCUGUAUCAGAUGUUGAAGAAAUUGAUGAUGAAGAGACCGCGAGAGAAAGAUUACAACGAUUACAAAGCCCGGUGUCACAUCCGCCCGUCAUUUCCGAAACUGGUGUUCCUAGAACGUAUAGAUUGAGACGCACAAGAGCGACACAAUAUCCAUUAGAGAGAAGACAAUACGUGCCUAGAAUGGUUCAGAUUACACCUUGCGGAAAAUGUUUAAGAAUAUAAAAGUAUAUAUCAAAAUAACCACGAAAAGCGAUCAACCAAUCUACACAAGUGUCGCAACACAUGCUUGGUAUAAAAAAAAAAUAGAAAAAAUCAUCGGCGUAAAGAAUUGAUCGUCGCAACAGUUUUCAUUACAAAAAUUCAAGUUCUCCUUCGUUUUAAAAUUCACGACCGCGGAUAUUUUCACGCAAGUAUGGACCAGCGAAGUUGGCCCAUCGGCUGGACGGUAAGACCGUUCAUGUUUGAGAAUGUUUAAUGCAUGGACUGCGGCGGUCGUAGGUAGGUGAACGGUUAACCGAUGUUUGUAUGGCUGUACUCCCAGCACAGAUCCCGGAACACCAAAGAUAUUGUAGAAGUACUGCGCAAACACUCCGACUGACUGUUUCUCAAUCAGAGUCGCGUAUACGGAAGGCACACGGUUAUAGCAGCACUCGGUAGACGCCUGUUUUCACGGUCAUUCUAUCUCCAAAGUGCGCAAUUUGUCAUCAUAUAAAAUACGUAACUUCGAAAUAUAAUCAAUUUUAAAGAUG